AUGGGUGUCGAUCGCAAAGUUCUCUCCCCCGGCAACGGCGUGGAUUUCCCCGCCAAGGGCUCGAUGGUCACCAUGCACUACACGGGCGGCACUUACGACCAGGCUGCUGGCGAGGCGAAGCAUUUUAUGGGUGCUAUCUUCGACAGCUCCAAGAAGCCCGGUCGUGGCCCGUUCGCGACUAAGAUCGGUGUUGGCCGGUUGAUCCAGGGCUGGGACGAGGGUGUCCCCCAGAUGAGCCUGGGCGAGAAAUCCAUCCUGACCAUCACUCCUGACUUCGGCUACGGCCCCGGCGGUAUCCCCGGUGUUAUCCCCCCCAACGCCACUCUUGUCUUCGAGGUUGAGCUCCUGAGCAUCAACAACAAGAGCAUCUAA